CUUCGAAGAUCUCUUUGUUUGCGAAAUCGCUUCUUGAUUCACUUGGUGUUUGAUCUCUGUUUGAUGCUUGGGUGCUGGCUGCAUUGGGGUCGUUCGCUUGUUCUUGGCCUUUCCAAGAAACGUGACUUUGAUUUCCUGGAUGCUUCGUCGCCGAGUCCAGAUCUAUUGUCACAUGAUUUGCUGCGACGCUAUUGUGGAUUCUGUGUCUCGAGCUGUGUUCUUUUCGAUUUUAUGGGCAAAAUAUCACCUUUCCGCGCAUGUUUCCUUGGUGCCCCCAUUUUAUCCUUGUUCAAGAUCCAUUCUUUCCCCUAAUUAUUCUGCAAGACGAGCAAUUUUUUUUGGUCAAGAUCCGAUCUUUCACUCAGGUGUUCUUGGUGGUGUUGAUUGUUUUGUUCAAAAUCGUUUCUUUUUCCUGAUAGUGGAUGAUUCGGUUUGCCAGAAGAACAAAAGAAAGAAACACGAGGUCUCCGCUUUUCGAUUUCAAUCAUCAAUUUCUUGAUCGAAUCCCUCAUUCCUGUUUCCCCUGUUGAUCUCAGGCCGAAAGAUCCCGCCUUUCUACCUCCAAGCGGCAGUUUACUCUUAUUUCGAUCUCGAUCAUGGCCGAGGCCGAACAAAGACCCAAUGCCCCUUUGCUCCAAUCAUCGUCCUCCCGUCUCCCUGAUUUCAAGCAAUCCGUGAAGCUUAAGUAUGUCAAGCUCGGUUAUCACUACCUGAUCAGCCAUGGGAUGUUCCUGUUCUUCUCGCCCCUCAUCGCCGUCGUCGUCGCCCAGCUCUCCACCUUGUCCGUCAAGGACCUCCACGACCUCUGGGACCAUCUACGCUUCAAUCUCAUCUCCGUGAUCUUGUGCUCCGCGCUUCUCGUCUUCCUCUUCACCGUCUACUUCCUCAGGCGCCCCCGCCCGGUUUAUCUGGUCAACUUCGCAUGCUAUAAGCCCGAAGAAGCCCGGAAAUGCACGAGGCAAGUCUUCAUGAACAGGUCCACGCUUACAGGCUCGUUCACGGAAGAGAACCUCGCGUUCCAGCGUAAGAUCCUCGAGAGGUCUGGUCUUGGCGAAUCCACCUACCUCCCUGAGGCUGUCAUCAACAUCCCUCCCAACCCCUGCAUGGCCGAGGCCCGGAAGGAAGCCAGAACCGUCAUGUUUGGAGCCAUCGAUGAGCUUUUGGCGAAGACGAAUGUGAAGCCCAAGGACAUCGGCAUACUCAUCGUGAACUGCAGCCUGUUCAAUCCCACGCCUUCUCUUUCCGCCAUGGUUGUCAAUCACUACAAGCUUCGUGGAAACAUCGUCAGCUACAAUCUCGGCGGAAUGGGGUGCAGCGCAGGCCUUCUCUCCAUUAAUCUCGCCAAGGAUCUCCUCCAAGUCUAUCCCAACUCAUAUGCAUUGGUCAUCAGCAUGGAGAACAUCACCUUGAACUGGUACUUCGGCAACAACCGAUCCAUGCUCGUCUCCAACUGCUUGUUCCGCAUGGGGGGCGCCGCAAUCCUCCUCUCCAACAAGAGAUCCGACCGCAGGCGAUCAAAGUACCAACUGGUGCAUAGUGUUCGAACCCACAAGGGAGCCGACGACAAGUGCUUCAGUUGUGUCACCCAAGAAGAGGACGAGAUUGGCAAGAUCGGCGUCUCCCUCUCGAAAGAUCUCAUGGCAGUCGCAGGUGAUGCCCUGAAGACCAACAUCACCACUCUCGGCCCGCUAGUCCUGCCCAUGUCCGAGCAACUCAUCUUCUUCGCGACGUUGGUGGCCAAGAAGUUGUUCAAGAUGAAGGUCAGGCCUUACAUUCCGGAUUUCAAGUUGGCAUUCGAGCACUUCUGCAUCCAUGCGGGAGGAAGGGCGGUGUUGGACGAGAUAGAGAAGAACCUGCAGCUCUCGGAGUGGCACAUGGAGCCAUCGAGGAUGACACUCUACAGGUUCGGGAACACCUCGAGCAGCUCUCUGUGGUAUGAAUUGGCGUACUCGGAGGGGAAGGGAAGGAUAAAGAAGAAGGACAGGAUCUGGCAAAUAGCAUUCGGGUCGGGGUUCAAAUGCAACAGUGCUGUGUGGAAGGCUCUCAAGACUAUCAAUCCUGCCAAGGAGAAGAACCCAUGGAUGGAUGAGAUUAAUGACUUCCCGGUUGUGGUUCCCAAGGUGUCAGCACUCUGAAUGAUACACGAUCUUUGUUCGCGAGGUAGUAGUGUGUCCGAUUCAGAGUUGAGAGAAGGUGGUGCAUCAUCUUCUGUGUAAGCGAAGGAUUUGGUCACUAGAGUUGAGAGAAGACAUGCACCCAAAAAAAUGUCAGACUAGUAGGAGGGUCAGUAGCACUGCUUUUUCCUAUUGAUUUCGUUAUUAAUGCAAUCCUUUGGGUUUUCUUAUCA